AUGCAUCUAAUUGUUCUGAUGAAUGAUGCGAGCAUAAUACCAAGCCAACUUGAGAAUGAAAUUAAGGAUGAAGAAUUGGAACGCCAUAUCUUGAAUACCCAAAAGCCACAGCAAUACCAAGAAAAUGUUACAAAUGCAUUGGCAGAUAUACAACAAAAUGAACAAGUGUCUCCUUCCAGUAGACAAAGAAGGGAAUAUUAUCCCACCAUUCAAGUUCUGGUAUUUUGGCAAUUAUGCUAUAAAAAUUAUAAUGAAUAUAUUAUAUUAUCAAUCGCACCAUCUGCUAAUUUAACAAGUCCUGGACAUUUUUUUGCUUAUGAUGAAGCAUUGGAAACCUUUGGGGAAAAUAAUAUUAGUUUAUUUAUAUUAAUAUUUAUUAAAGAUCUCUGUGUAGAUGUAAAUGUAAAUGACACAAAAUCUAUAUAUGUCAAAUAUAAAUAUGAUUUACCCAGUGAUCCUGAAGGAUCAUCUUAUUUGAAAAGGGAAAUGGCUUUUCCAGAUGAUGAAAUUGUAUUAAAUUUGAAAUUACCUAGAAAGCAAUUAAUGCUUUUGAAUCCACAUAUUCAAACUGCUAAUACAGUAGAAUAUUCAGCUUUUAAGAAGGAGGCCAAGCAAUAUUAG